AUGAAAAAAUACUCAACUUUCAUCAAGUAUUGCUGUUUCUUAUCAGUUUUGUUGCUGUUUUAUUAUAAUGAGCUUCUGACAAAGCCUGUUAUAGAACAGGAGAUUGAUUAUAUCUCCUGUGAUUCUCUUCUUGAAUACCUAUCCCCUCCGAUUCCAGCUCUUCUCAUCGAUAUUGAAGUGUUAGAGCAGAUUGAACGAGAUCAUUGUCAUUUGCAAAAGGAGAAAUCUGUAAAUAUUGGAGUGGACACAUAUUAUAAAUCAGAAGAGGCAUCACUUUCAAAAGACCUUAGAUUCCGCGUAUUUUUCUAUACAAUCUCUACUAAGAAGGAUUAUCUGGACUUUGAUAUCAUUGGGAAGAAAAAAUUGAUUCCAAAUGGGAUGAGUUCGUUUCUAACAGGCUCUACUUUAUUAUCAUGGUACCAACAAUGCACAAUUAACUCGGCCCAUUUGGAAUUAGCUGUUUCAUCGGAAGAGCUUCCGUACCAUUUUGGGAAGAAACUAGAAGCAGAAAGUAUCUUCAAUAAUUUUCAAGUAAGCAGAUUAGAUGGGACAACCGAAAAUGUUCAGAGAAUUGGAGUGAAGUCAGCCUUCAAAACUACUAUUGAUAUCGUGGUAGUGUAUGAGGAUGAAGAAAGUAUCAAAAAUUUCAUUUUCGAUAGUCGAGGAACCAAAAAAUAUUUCUCGAACUACGACCCAUACUGCUCUACUGACGUUCACGGACAUCUGUUCUGGGUAACUUGUAGUCCAGAAAAACGGCUGACUGAGGAAUUUGGAGACAGGUGGCGUGAGAAUACAAACUACAAUAUUUCUGGAAAAUAA